AUGUUGGCAAACGAUGUGGCGAUUAUCUUCGUUGUUGUCUAUGCAGUGGAGGCUGCAUUGAUAAUCUUUGGAAACGCGUUCACCAUCUUUGUGUUCUCAACUUUGACUCGGACAUCGCACAUAAAAAGAACUUGUUAUCUCUUGAUAAAUCUGGCCGUUGCUGACCUAUUUGUGGGUAUUACAGAGCCCAUAGUUCUCGGGACGAGCAAGUUCCAUGAAAUGACGGCGACAACGUCAAAACAGUCAAAACUGAAGGGAAUGAACGAAAGAAAGUCCCUGAAGGAAAAAAGUGAAACAGAACUACCAGAAGCAAUGCAACUUUUUGCGUUAAGUGCAUCAGUGUUUUUUCUCGCCCUCAUUUCGCUCGAGCGCGCUUUUGCUGUGUUAAAACCGUUGCGUCAUCGUGUUGCUAGCACUCGCGUUUACAUCUACAGUAUUGUCGUCGUAUGGGCUGUAGGAAUUUUCAUAUUUGGUCUGCUGGUUCUUAUCUAUUAUAUCGACCAAAAGAUGGAGAUGAAGACUCUUCAUCUUGCUGUACAUAUUUGCCUUUUCAUCUCUAUUCUGGUGAUUUGUGCGAGCUACCUCAAAAUACGAGCACGAUUGAGUAGCACUGCACCCGAAGUAGCCGUUGUCAACAGCCGUCAAACCACUCAGCACAACGUGCGACUUUCAAGGACUCUCUUCGUGGUGAUCGCUUUGUCGCUUCUGUUUUGGCUGCCAGUGUUUGCUGUUUACAUAGGUUUGUACAUCUGCCACUGUAGACUUCACCCAUACAUGAAGUGGACGGUCGAUGUUUUAGUUCUUGCCAAUUCUUUGGUUAACCCAUUCGUGUACAGCUUUAGGAUGCCUGUAUUCAAAGAAGCGUUGGAGAAAUUGUCGAGAAAACGAACGAGACAUAUCGAGGCUACAAGUCGGGGUUUGAGUCUAUUUCCUACUCCGAGGAUAAAUCACACCAGUUUCUGGGCUGCCGCAACGUGUGGGGGUUCUCAGUUAAAGCCCUGUACGGAAAGUGGAGAUCAGCAUAUUACAGCGAGUUCACCGAAGCUUUCACCUGCAGUCAGCACUUCUUGCAAUGGUGCAAGACAAGCAACUACUCCUUUGACCUCCAUAGUGACCCGAUUAUAG